AUGGGCGACAACAAGAGAACAAUGGACGAGCUCAUACACCACAUCUACAAUCCAGACAAGGAGUACAGGAGGUGGAGGAUGAAGAAGAAGCACACAGGUCUGGCCAAGAACCUGCUUGGAUCCAUACUCAAUGCUCUUUCGAAAGAGCGCGAUGGGGAUGUGGUCGUCUCGAACAUCAGUGGAAUCUGUGAGGGGCUUGGGUAUUGUCCGGACAGACAGAUAUCCGAGAUGAUAUUUGUGCACAAAUUGCUGACAGGAGAUGUGGAGGAGCAGGAGGGUAGCAGUCUGGAGGACAGAGUGAGGAAGGUUGUUGAGGCAUGGAUUGGGCAGGAAAAAGAACGGGUGUUUGAUAUUGCAGUCACGCCCUUGAAUGUGGGGCAGAAUGUGCAUGUUCUGAACUUCUGGAGAUAUGAGCUGCGGGACGAGGUUGGGCUUGACUUUGAGUUCCAGACGGGUAUUAUAGGUGGGGAGCAGCUAAUGG